UCAUUAGGUCUGUCCUUAAAAAAAGACCGGCCCAAAUAGCAGUGGUUCGGUCCUUUUCAACAUUUCCCCUUCCCCUCCGACUGCGCAGCCUCUUCAACAUUACACUAAAGGAGCAGAGCAGAGCAUCGCCCUCGGCGCACGUUAGAGCCUCCUGGACUCGCAUCCGGCAACACACCCUAGUCCACACACCUGCCUGCCCCUCCCGGUUUUCUUCGAAGUCAAACAGAGGCAGAGCUUCGCCCUUCCUUCCCAUCGUGCAUCCAGUUAAAUUUGUUUGGAAGGCCUCAAAGGCCCAAAUCCGACACACCAAUCCUACUUCUGCUUGGUCUUUGUGAAGUUGGAGUGAGAGUGGAGCGAGACUUUUAGUUUUGGAGGUGAAUUUGGAUUUCAGAUUCAACCUCCAAUUAAUUCGGAGGGAUUUUGCAUGUUCUUUACUUCUCAUUAAGGAACUAGCUGGUUUCAGAAAGCAUGGCCAAGCAUCAUCCAGAUCUGAUUAUGUGCCGGAAGCAGCCAGGAAUUGCCAUUGGAAGACUUUGUGAGAAAUGUGAUGGGAAGUGUGUAAUCUGUGACUCCUAUGUGCGCCCUUGCACUCUUGUGCGGGUUUGUGAUGAAUGCAACUAUGGGUCCUUUCAGGGUCGCUGUGUUAUCUGUGGAGGCGUGGGGAUUUCUGAUGCCUACUAUUGCAAGGAGUGUACGCAGCAGGAGAAAGAUAGGGAUGGAUGUCCGAAAAUUGUUAAUUUAGGUAGUGCAAAAACUGACCUAUUUUAUGAACGCAAGAAGUAUGGUUUUAAGAAAAGAUGAUGAGCAGUGGAUAGAAAAAUAUCUGGUGCUUUUGAACUGCCUUUCCUUUUUUGGUUGCUCUGUUUGAGAUGACGGCUCUUGUUAUGUUGGAUGAUGAGCAUGGCAUAAACAUAUAUAUGCUACUUUUUUAAAUAGCUUUUAUGCACUAAAAUAUCUUCGAAGAUAUUGAAGCGUUGUUUGUGACUAAAAUGAACGAGUAUUUUGUGGAAUAUAUUACCGUUACAGUGACUCGAACCUGUAAUGUCUUUGAAA